UGAAGAAGAAGCACGUCAACAUACGGGUUGUCUGUGGUUAACUAAGCAGCAUUCCCCGUAAAAGCAUUAUUAUUAUUUGAAAGACGCAAACAUGGGGAAGCGGCAGCACCAAAAGGACAAAAUGUACAUUACGUGUACAGAGUAUACCAACUUCUAUGGAGGCAAGAGGGCAGAAAUCCCGCAGGCCAACUUCAGACGUCUUCCGUUCGACCACUGCAGUUUGUCCCUUCAGCCGUUUUCUUAUCCCGUGUGCACUGCAGAUGGCGUCGUCUUUGACCUGCUGAGCAUUAUUCCAUGGAUCAAGAAGUAUGCAACUAAUCCCAUAUCUGGAGAGAAACUCGAAGCCAAGUCGCUCGUCAAGCUCAACUUUUUCAAGAACAAUGAAGGCAAAUACCACUGUCCCGUUCUGUACUCUGUCUUCACAAACAACUCUCACAUUGUCGCAAACAAAGUCACCGGCAAUGUCUUCUCCUAUGAGGCAGUGGAGCAGCUCAACAUCAAGACCAAAAGUUUCAAAGAUCUGCUGACUGAUGAAAAUUUUACCAGAAAAGAUAUCAUCACACUUCAAGAUCCAACAAACCUGGACAAGUUCAACGUCUCCAACUUUUUCCACGUGAAGAACGACCUCAAAGUGCUGGAUCCAGACGAGGAGAAGGCCAAGCAGGAUCCAUUGUACCACCUGAAUACCACCAACCUGGAGACCCGGGAAACCCUGGCCGAGCUGUACAAAGACUACAAGGGGGAUCAGCUACUGGCUGCCACCAUGAAGGAGCCCGAGGCCAAGAAAACGGACAAGCUCAACAUGGCACACUACUCGACGGGCAGGGUCGCUGCCUCCUUCACGUCCACGGCCAUGACGCCAGCCACCACCAACCAAGCAGACGCCAUCGCUGACGACACUGUGCGCUACAGCUACAUCAAGAAGAAAGGCUACGUCCGCCUGCACACCAACAAAGGAGACCUCAAUGUGGAGCUACACUGUGACAAGAUUCCCAAAGCAGGGGAGAACUUCGUCGGCCUUUGUAAAAAAGGCUACUACGACGGCACAGUCUUCCACAGGUCCAUCCGGAAUUUCAUGAUUCAAGGAGGCGAUCCGACUGGCACGGGCACAGGUGGAGAAUCCUUCUGGGGAAAACCUUUCAAAGAUGAGUUCCGACCCAACCUGUCCCACACAGGCCGGGGGAUUCUGAGCAUGGCCAACUCUGGUCCAAACACCAACAAGUCCCAGUUCUUCAUCACAUUCCGCUCCUGUGCCUACCUGGACAGGAAACACACAGUGUUUGGAAGGGUUGUCGGUGGGUUUGAAACGUUGACGGCCAUGGAGAAUGUGGAGAGUGACACCAAAACCGACAAACCAAAGUCUGAGAUCAAGAUCCUAAGCGCAACCGUGUUCGUGGACCCAUACGAAGAGGCCGACGCCGAGAUCGCGGCCGAGCGUGAGAAGGAGCUUCAAAAGAAGAUGGAGGAGGAGCAGCAGGCCAGUGCCUCCCUGAGGAAGGCCAAGGAAGAGCAGCCACCCAAGGCCUUCAAGCAAGGCGUGGGCAAAUACAUCAACCCCAGUGCGGCGAAACGUACGACCACAGAAGAAGAAAGCGGACCUUCUACCAGCAGCGCCGCUGCCGCCAAGAAGCCAAAAGGAAAGAGCACCUUUGGCGACUUUAGCUCCUGGUAGCAGCGAUAUCGUCUUCCUAACAACCUCAAUUCUAUAGUUUUUACUUUUACUAUCAUAGUAGCUUUGUCAAAUAAUAAAUACACGUUUCUUUUUAUGUCCA